CACUCGGGGAGAGAGGGAGAGAGAGAGGGAGCGAGAAAAAACAGCAGCGAGAGAGACAGAGAAAAAAAGGCUUAAUUAAUUCAGACUGGAUGGGAGGGAUGUUGCUUCUGUCCCUGCUGAGGCUCCAGUCAGUGCCUCUGCUGUCGUGCUGCAUGUAGCCGAGUGUUUGUGUGAGCAGAGAGGACGACUCGGCGGCUGCUGCCUGCCUCUCUUUGCCUGCCUCAUUGGGAACCAGACACCAGUCCAGUCUAGCCACGACUCCACAUCCCGGAGCCUGCUGACUGACUGGCAGUCUGUUGGACUGGACUAGCUUGGUCUCUACUAAACGACUAAACAAGGAUGUUACUUGGACUGUAGUGAGAGCAGCAAUGGCCAGAGGACAAAAAAGGGAUUUUUGUUGUUGACAUGCUGAGAAAACUUGUGCCAUCUUCCGGUGAUCAGGAUCAGUUAGCAGCCUUUGUGGACAGACUUCCCAUUGGUCUCAUUGCUUCAGGGGCUGAACUGGAUCGACUAGACUAAAAUCCUAUGCUAUUUUAUUUUGUGAUUCAAAGGGACAAAUUAAAUAUCCAGGGAGGGAAAUAUAAACAUCGUCUUUCCUCCCCCACUGUUCAUGUGGCCUCAGUUUUUUCAGCUUGCCCUCCUAUGGUUCUCGUAAAGUAGGAGCGAUGACAUCCCAAAACCUCUUCUUCUCAGUCUUUUUACACAACGUGACCGAAGGAUAGCCAUCAGUUCCCACUGCAGCACUCGUGGACUGACACCAAGAGCCCAGCCCCUGGCUUCAGGCAGCAUGGGAGACAGUAGCUGGGUGUGUCUGAGCCCGGCUGAGUUUAGCCAGCUGCAGCAGUACAGUGAAUACUCCACAAAGAAGCUGAAGGAUGUGCUGGAGGAGUUUCAUGGUGGAGGAGUCCUUUCCAAAUACAAUCCAGAGCAGAAGCAAGACGUUCUCAACCAACCUAUUGACUAUGAGGGCUUCCAGCUCUUCAUGGUGACUUAUUUGGAGAAUGACAUACCAGAAGAGCUUUGUCAACAUCUCUUUACUUCCUUCAAGAGCAAGACGGGAGGCUGUUCUCCAGACCAGUCUCGGGCAGGAACGAGCUUAUUGGAAGCCCGUUCCAUCGAUGCAGGCAUCUCUAUUCAGACCGAAGUGGCCUGUGCUCCCAUUACAGGGAUGAAUGGGAAAAGCAUCCUGUCUGCAAUAAGCCGACACACACCAGAGCACUCCAGUGUGAUGAGCACAGCGGGUUCAGGAGCGACCACCUCCCCUUGUUCAUCUCGUUCCUCUUCACAGCGUUCAGGGACAGGGGCCCACACGCCUGGGGGGCCCCACCUAUCACCCUGCACCCGAGUCAAAACCUUAGAAGGCAGCAGCAAUGCCCUGACCCCUAACACUGGUCCUGCCAAGUCACCAGUCUCCCCUAAGCUUUCACCAGAGAGGACCCACUCUGAGAAGCAUUUGUCACUGCGGAGGAGCCCAUCACCUCAGAGAGCCUCCCCCCUGCCGUCACCCCAGGUGGUCUUUCUCAAGGACAUUGUCUGCUACCUUUCCCUGCUGGAGAGGGGGACGCCUGAAGACAAGUUGGAGUUCAUGUUCCGGCUGUACGACACAGACGGCAAUGGGGUCCUGGACAGCUCGGAGCUGGACCGCAUCAUUAAUCAGAUGGUGCAUGUGGCAGAGUAUCUGGAGUGGGAUUCAACAGAACUGCGACCGAUACUGAAAGAGAUGAUGGAAGAGAUCGACUACGACCGAGAUGGGACGGUCACCUUAGAGGAGUGGAUCAGAGGAGGCCUCACCACCAUCCCUUUACUCGUCCUGCUGGGCAUGGAUACGAAUGUGCAGGAAGAUGGGCAGCAUGUUUGGCGUCUCAAGCACUUCAACAAACCAGCCUACUGUAACUACUGCCAUACCAUGCUGCUCGGAGUGCGCAAACAGGGCCUCUGCUGCUCCUUAUGCAAAUACACAGUACAUGAACGCUGUGUGUCCAAAGACAUCGCUGCCUGCAUCAGCACCUACGCCAAGUCACGCAGACACACCAACGCUAUGCAGCAUGUAUGGAUGGAGGGUAACUCUCCUACCAAGUGCGACCGCUGUCACAGAAGCAUCAAAUGUUACCAGGGCCUCACUGGCUUGCACUGCGUCUGGUGUCAGAUCACUCUCCAUAAUAAGUGUGCAUCUAAUGUGAAGCCAGAGUGUGAUGGAGGAGCCUUGAGGGACCACACUCUGUUGCCCUCGUACAUCUGCCCUGUCGUCUUGGACCGUCAUUCUGGGGUGAAGCGAGGGGAGGGGGAAUCACCUCCCAGCACCAGCCCUGAUGACACCAAUCAGACUUUUAAAUUCUCCCCUGGAGACGGACAAGCACUCCAGAUAACCCCGCUUCCAGGCACUCACCCACUUCUGGUUUUGGUCAAUCCCAAGAGUGGAGGGAGACAGGGGGAGCGGGUACUUAGGAAGUUCAGGUACCUGCUAAACCCGAGGCAGGUGUACAGUCUGGAUCAAGGAGGGCCGAUGGUAGGGCUCAACUUUUUCCAUGAUGUCCCUGAUUUCCGGGUUCUUGCUUGUGGAGGUGAUGGCACAGUGGGCUGGAUCCUCGACUGUAUAGAUAAGGCCAACUUUGCCAGGCACCCUCCGGUGGCCAUUCUUCCUUUGGGCACAGGGAAUGACCUGGCUCGCUGCUUACGCUGGGGAGGAGGUUAUGAGGGUGGCAGCUUGGUGAAGGUCCUUCGGGACAUUGAGCAUAGCGCCGAGGUGGUGUUGGACCGCUGGAACAUAGACAUCAUCCCUGACGACAAGGAGGAGAAGGGAGAUCCUGUCCCCUACAGCAUUGUCAACAACUACUUCUCUAUUGGAGUGGAUGCCUCAAUCGCCCAUCGCUUUCAUCUGAUGCGUGAGAAGCACCCUGAGAAGUUUAACAGCAGAAUGAAGAACAAGCUGUGGUACUUUGAGUUUGGCACCACUGAGACCAUAUCAGCCACCUGCAAGAAACUAAACGAAUGCAUAGAAGUGGAGUGCGAUGGGAUCAUCUUAGACCUCAGCAACACAUCCUUAGAAGGCAUCGCUGUGCUCAACAUUCCCAGUAUGCAUGGCGGCUCCAACCUGUGGGGCGAGACCAAGAAGAGGAGGAACUAUAACCGCAUGAGCAAGAAGGUUCCUGACAGGAUGCCGGCCAGCACCGUCACAGACGCCAAAGAGCUCAAGUUUUGCAUGCAAGACUUUAGUGACCAACUGCUGGAGGUGGUUGGCUUGGAGGGGGCUAUAGAGAUGGGGCAGAUCUACACUGGGCUGAAGAGCGCAGGACGCAGGCUGGCUCAGUGCGCCAAUGUCACCAUCAGGACGUCCCGACGGCUGCCAAUGCAGAUUGAUGGUGAGCCCUGGAUGCAGCCUCCCUGCACGGUCAGGAUCACGCACAAGAACCAGGUGCCCAUUUUACUGGGCCCACCUCAAAAGACGCCUUUCUUCUUCUUCAAGAAACGCAACCGGAGCCGUGAUUAGAACAUAAGCAUUUACACAAAUGAAAAAAACAGACACACACACACAUAUACAGUACAUAUAUACACACACGCCCACUGUACAGGCAGCAAAAUGGGCAAACUGGUACACUGCACACAGUUUGAACACAGGAAUAUCAUACGGACAAGUGGAAAAUUCCUCAUGUUGGGAUGCCUACAGACAAUUGAUUCCCAAAGUAACCUGUACUGAUGGCUAACAAAACAAGAGGACUCUCAGUAUAUAGUACCGACCUACUCCUGUGUAACAAUCAUCCUCCAAGUCUUGUCUCAAACUUUUCAAUAUGGGUUUAGUCUCAGCCACUUUUAAAAUUUCUAAGACUCUCAGUCUAAACCACCCCCUGCUCAACAAACUCAGCCAUAUACCAGUACUGCACUGCCUCCCAAACACAACUUUGGCUGCUGGGAUUUCUGCACAGCUCAGAAAAGAAAUAAAGGAAGUAAUUGUGUGGGGAUGGAGGAUGGAGGAUGUAAAGGAACCAGCUGGUAUGAUGAGAAAAACUACUACAGGGUUAAAGUAAGAAUGGUAUGGCAGUAGCUGUGGCUGUUUACAAGGUCAGUGAGUAAAUAGAGUAAGAUCCACCUCUUUGUUAUGAAUAAUGAAACAGCGGUUGCUUGUAAGAGCUCGCACUCCAGGAUGUCCCCACAGACUGGCAACACAGUACAGCCAAGGAAAGGAGAGGAGUGGAAAGCCUCAUUCAUUAUUGACUUAUUUUGUUUGUGGAUUGUUCGCAUUGAGGCGUAACAGUGGUCUGGAAUAGGUGGAAACAUGCAGGGAGCUCGGCCUCUUAGCAUGACUGGCCUACAAACAAAAACCCUACAGUAUUCGCAGAUGUGCAGACAAUCUGGAAGUAGACUUCAGGCUGUCUCCAUAUAAACCAACUAGAGACUAGACUAAAAGUAGAGCUUAGAGACACUCUAGUUCAUCUUUGCUUUCUCGAGGAGCUCAUUUGUCAUCUGUGGCUGCACACCAUCACUACGAUAAAGAUCAAAUCAACAGCAGCCACUGUGCAUGCUUCUAGAGGACUGGGAUAAAUCCCCUCAAGGGCAUAAGAGCAGGGCCCCUGGGGUUUUUAUUUACCAGAGCAUUGACAAGAGGACUAAAUUUAUCCUUCUAUUUCAGGGAGUGUCUAUCUCUCCUUUACUGAAACCUUACCCUUAAUAACAUGUCAAACAUCAAUUCACAAUGUCAAGUGAGCUGUCAGAGUGCAUAUCCCAGUGCCAGUAGGGCACUACUGCAAGGUGCCAUGUGGUGGGAUUCAUCAUUUGUCAAAACAGAAGGCCGUGUGCUUUACCUGAGACGAUGGAGUUCAUUGUUUAAAGAAUGUAACCAUAUUACUGUUCCAACAAAUACGGCAAAGUAUAUUAUAAUUUAUGUGCGGACAAACUAUAUGUAUAUUUCUGGAAAGUAGAUGUAGGUCAUGUAUACUAUACACACAAAUGUGUUUUUAAUAUAUCAUUGUUAAUAAUGUGGAAUUUUUAGCUUAGAGGGGCUCAGAUCAGUGUUCUUCACCAUGCAGAGCUGCUGCAGUUGUUCUCUGAAGACAGUUUUCUACACUGAUGCAGAUCGUUACAUUUGAAUCUACUGUCCUGUCGCCUUCACUUCCUAGGUGGUCUUGUACACAGUGAGUAAGGAACAGGGAAAAAUUUCGAUUUUGCACCAUUCAUGGCAAAAUGAUCUCAUGGUUCAAAUACUUAGUUUGCAGAGCUUUUACAAUAAUCUUAUAUCAACAGCCGUGCAAUGAAAGCUGAUUGCAUAUCAGAGUAAGAUAAGAUAAGAUAACCUUUAUUAGUCCCACGCAUGGGAAAUUUGUUUUGUUAUAGCAGUGGACAGUGCAAAGUUACAUAGAAAAAAUAGAGAAAAACACUGGAAUAAGAUAUCAAUAAGAUACUAUAGAUCAAUAAAUCUAAAUGAAUAAUGUGAGUUUAUUGCAGAUAUAUUGACAGAAGCGUUUCAGCAAAUAAAUCAAAAGAAACUGUAGUAUAUAGAAGAUGAAUGUAGCCUCUGGGUCUGACAAGUGAAGUCAAUGCCGAAGUGCCUUAAACCUGAAUUUGGUAUUGUGUCCAGCAGGGGGCGACUCCCCUGGCUUAAAAAGACUUCUGGUUGUAUUGAAGUCUACGAGAAAACUGCCCUCAGUCCCCGUGAUUUGUGACAAGAGAUAACCUUUUCCUGAUGAAGUUAUGGUCACAGUUGAUAGACAAAAGUCUUUUUAAAUACACCAUGAUGUUCAUUUUGUAAUUUUUUUUCUCAUUAGAGUAAAAAAGAACAUUAGAAUAACAAAUUGGAUUGCAGCUCGGCUGCUCGUUUAGAUCCACCCUUUGCCUUCACUUCCUGAUUCAAAACCACAAGAUUAAAAAGCUCACUUUAUAACUAAUGGCUGACAUGAGCAUCUUUUAUACACAGCCUAUGCUACAAACAUAUCUGUAGUCAUGCUAGCAGCUACAUCUCAGCUGCAGAAGCUCAGAGCAAUAAGCAAGUGGUGCAAAUGCUUACCUGAACAGCCAACUAAUGGUACUUUCAGCCAGUCUGUUUCCAUUGUGGUCAAGGAUCGACACAACUUAAAAGUGAGUGAAUCAUUUUGCACCAGCUUUGACUUGACUUGCCAGUGUGCCAAAACAGCAAUGUAGGGAUAGCUGCUCUGUCUGGGUUUGUCAGCCAGGGUCUGUGAGCAAUUCUGCUGAGCAACCAUAUUGAGCCCCAGCCAACAGUUUUUAGGGUUGUCAGAAAUAACUACAACACAGUAGAUACUUCUUUUCAGCCUAGAAAGGGCCCCUAGAUGGGAAACCAAAACUUCUAUGGGAAUCCAAUCAAUAAGCAAUUACCAAAUCAGAAUCAUCCAGCAAGUUACUCAUUAACAAGACACUGAAAAGAAGUCUUUGCUAGAAGUCUAAACAAUGUUGAGAUUUGGUUGAAAGGUGAAAACAGCAUAUAAAAAGCCUCCUUGCUAAUAAAUGUGGUCAAAAAAUAAACGAAUUAUCUUCAAACCCACAACUUUCACGCUGUCAGACUAGCAAUGGAAACAAUAACUUUUGAUUGUGUGAAAGCUGGUAGAAAUAAGCUCACCAUGCAACACAAAAUUCAACAAUAACAUAAUUCUCAUGUAGACAUCUAUAAACGGCGAAAACAUUUUACAUUUAAAAAGUUGCGACUCAUGAGUAAUAAGAGUCUGUGUACCUGUGUGAUUAAAAUCAUUUCACAAUCAAAUCAAAUCUCAACUGAAUAUUGUAUUGGAGAAAGAAAUCACACAUGGCUUUGGGUCUUUAAUGCAGCCUUUGACGCUUAGCCUGCUUGGUGACUUCCCAUCUCCUUCUCUCCAUCUUUUCCUUCUCUGUGUGUUUAUAUGCAACCAUGGCAUGUCAUUAGCUUUCUGUGUACCCUCUGAGGUUUGUGUUUUAUCCUGUUUGCUUUUAGUGCUCUCUCUAUACUCAUUUUUCCCUCUUCCCUUUGCUCUCUCCACCCAACCAGGUGAGGCAGAUACCAGCCUCUCCCUGAGCCUGUGUCUACUGGUCACCAGGUGCUUGCUCUUAUUCGAUAAGCUGAUUGUUGAGGUUCUCUCUCUGAUAUUCUAGGGACUCCACUUACUCAGAUGACUGUUAAUGGGAAAUGGUGCUAUAUAAACAAAACUGAAGUGAACUAAAAUUGAAUUGAAUUUACUUUUUUUUUAGUAAGAAAUAAAUAAGGUUUAUUUAUAUAGUGCUUCACAAAGUGCUUUACAAUACAGAAGCAGGUAUACACCAAAUUAAAAUAAACAAUCUGGAAAGCACAGUAACCUUUGGUCUUUAACCUGGACCUAGUUGCAGCCAACAAGGAUUUUUAUAUAGUCUUCAAAAGUCUUUUCACUUUUCAACCAAAUUUAAAGAUACAUUGUUUCAAAGUCUGUGACUGUUGGACCAAAUUUAGCCUAGAAAGCAGUGUCCAUGCUGGUUACUGAUAACAUAGCAAAUAGACAGAAAAGCGUGCAACCGUCAACUGAAAUUGUAAGGGCAGUGGAUCAAAUACUCGUGGAGACAUUUGAGUGUUGACUAAUACCAAAUUUAUGAAUAUGUAAAUUAUUCCAAUUACUUCAUGCUUUUCUUUUCUUUUCUUUUUUUGAAAAAUAGGGAUCGACCACAAAAAUCCAGCAUAUAAAGGUGACAUGUGGACCUUGAAUGAGAUCAUUCUGUUUAAAACACUGAUCUAAAUCUCAAGAAAAAUGACUAAAAAUGUAAUCCCAAACAAGUAAUGUACACCUCUCAGAGAGUCUAAAUGUGUAUGUGUUACAACUAAACAAGAUGUGAGUUUGUGGAAAACUGUCCCACUGAUAUGACUGCAGAGAUGCUCUGAUGGUGCAAACUGAGCUCCGCCGUAGGGUCAGGCAUUCAUGCCUUUGUACUCUGGUUCCCUUUAAAAGCACGCCGAGUCUUCCCUCUCGCACCCAGGCCCCAUAAAAACACACAAGAUGUCCAGCCAAACCCCACCCAAACGUGAUCAGCAUCAUUCAGGACGCUGGGCGGAGUUCAGGUUCAUCAUGUCAUUCAAAUAUAAAGCCAUUUAGCCUAACUGGUAAAUAGUACAAUACUGUGGAGAUGUCACAACAGCAUAUCGUUAUCCUUUAAUCGGAGUGAGUGGAGCCUGGGUGCAGAGAGAGCUCAGUGAUAAAAGAGUGCAUGUUUACAGUAACUUUACAUUUAUUGAAAGAAUGGUUUUAGACAGCUAUAUUACCAUGUGUACAUAUUUGUUUACAAUAUUUUAUCUGAAGUUAACUUACAUCACCGCAUGCCUGCUGAAACAAACUGAGAGUGAACAAAAAGGAGAGUGUGGACCAGACUUAUUUCUCUGCAUUAAAAAAGCAUAGCACAGA